UCAUUAUGUUCUUUUUCUUCAUAAUCGAAUAUUUUUACCUUAAUUUUAGAGAAGGAAAAAAAAAGAAAAAAAGAAAAAAAAAUAAUUGCGGGUUAAAUUUUGAAUUUGGAAUUGAAAGUAACAUCUCUCCAAAGGGGGGAAAAUGAGGUUGUUUAUUACGUUGGUAGCCGCAGUUUUAUGUAUCUUAUGCAUCAAUGUCUUCGCCGAUCCCGUUUUCCCAUCUCAUAUAGCUGGCACAUUUGGCGAUGGCUCCCGUGAACCAAAAUACAAGAUUGAAUUUCAUACAGAAGAUUCGCCCUACCAUCCUGAUGAUGGUCAGGAGUCCGUUGUUAUGCCCAAUAAAGAUGGAAAUAACUUUUUAUGUUUCUUGCCGAAGGUGGGGAAAGCCAAAAAACCAGUAACCCAUCAAAACACUAGUAGCAUGAUUGUGGAAACUGAGAAACGGGUUAAACUGAAGACACCUGAUGAACUACUGGAAGUACUGAAAAAUCAAUGCUUUAUCAGACAAGAGGGUUGGUGGUCUUAUGAAUUUUGCUAUCAAAAGCAGUUAAGGCAACUACAUUUGGAAGAGGAUAAGGUGGUUCAGGAAUUUGUGUUGGGUGUAUAUGAUGAGGAGGCCACUGCUGCCUUCAACCAGAAUCUCUCUGACAUCUCCACAUUGAAAGAUCCUCGCUCAAAAGAUGCUUCACAAAGGUAUCAUGCUCAUCAAUAUACGAAUGGAACUGCAUGUGAUCUUACUAAUCAUCCCCGAGAAACUGAGGUGAGGUUUGUGUGCUCGGAGCCAAGAGCGAUGAUUAGUUCAAUUACAGAGUUAUCCACGUGCAAGUAUGCACUAACUAUUCAAUGCCCAAUGCUUUGCAAACACCCAUUAUUCCAAGAAGAGAGACCAGUGUGGCACACCAUUAAUUGCAAUAUCCUUCCAAAGGAUUACAAGGAUACCAAGGUUGAUGACACUCAUUUUACUAUGAUCAUAGACUCGGAUGAUCCAUCUACACAUUCAACCAAAUGACUGCUAUUACGUUCUUUAUUAACAAAGAUAACAGUUCAAGAAUUUGCAGAUCUGACAUGCAUCUGUCAAAAAGAUUAGAGUUCGGAUGAGUUGUCUCAAAAAAAAAAAAAAAAAAGGAUUGCAAAGACUGCAACUUGUCUUUACCAUGUUAAAGAUAAUAUUAUAGAAUAGUUAAACUUCCAAGUGUGUUUUCUUUUGUACAGAAUAGAAAUCAUGAGACACUUCAUUGAAACUAGCCAAAUAAGUACAUAAAAAGCUUUUAUUGAGAGCAUGACAAA